UUAGCUGUAUUAUUAAUAUACUAUUACGUAGGCUGUAAUGUUGUUUUAAUCAGCAGGAUAUCUGAAGAGAUUUGUCUAAGGGACGUGUCUUUGCCAUAGAUGUAAAUUCACUAUUAUUUACGCCAAAUGCAUUUGGUUUUCCACACCCGUAGCCUGCAGCGCUUUAACAGGGUGGGGAACUUUGCCUUUAGAAGGUGCCACAGCUGCUUAGAAAUGGAAGGAAGUACAAAAAACUGCUGAGGGCCAUAGGAAUAGUUUCUUAAAAAUCAGAUCACAUUCCAGGAUAACUAUUUGGAAAAGGAUGCCCUGUGAAACCCAGGAAUGACACAUUCCCCUGACAGGGCACGUAGCGUUGAAGCAGAAAGAAGUGGUUGUUCUGAGGCACUCAUUUAGCGUGCAGCGGCUCUCACUGCUGGGAUGUUACACACAGCAUCUUCCGCCUCCUGUCACGUGAGAGAGUAUUUUCAGUGCCGCUUUUCCACAACACAGCCAUGAAUGAUUGUGAUCUAUCUUUGUUCUCCAGGCUUGAUACUCUGUUCAGCCUCUCUAACCAAAACCUAUUUUAUGGCAGUCGCAGCAUUCACUGCUCUCCAUCCUGCUGCAAUACUGGUCCCCAGAUGCCCUCUCUGUCGUUCUCCUCUCCCAGGAAACCCUCCAUAGAGUCACUACUUCAUGGCACAGUCACUCGUCUUGCAGGGAAAACACCAGCAAACAUCUUACUCAAUUGAUAGCUAAGAACUGCUUUAUUUUAGAAAGCAAGUGACAGUCGAGAGCUCUCUAUUACCAGAUUUAACUGAACAUCCAGAGCCCACCUUAACUGUUUGACAUUGUCUUUUUCUUAAUCUUCUGUUUACUCUGCCUUUUGCUUUGCUAAGCAUACGCAGCUCCCAGCAGUCACCUAUUUUGAUUGUGUAGCCCCUAACAUCCAGAAAUGGACUGCAGGCUGUUUGAAGAAAGUAACCUCCUUAAAUUAUGGGAACUGGUCAAGCUGUACCUGAGCGACAACAAUCUGAAUCAUCUGCCCCCUGAGCUGGAGCAGCUGCAAAACCUGCAGAUCCUGGCACUGGAUUUCAACAACUUCAAAGCACUGCCUCUGGUUGUGUGCACGCUGAAGCAGCUGUGCAUCCUCUACCUCGGCAACAACAAACUCUGCAGCCUGCCGCUCGAGCUCCGAUUCCUGCAGAACCUCAAGACCCUCUGGAUCGAGUCCAACUGCCUGCAGUGCCUGCCCGAGGUGGUGUGCGAGCUAAGCCUGCUCAAGACCCUGCACGCUGGCUCCAACGCACUGCGCACGCUCCCCACCCAGCUGCGGCGACUGCAGGAGUUGCGCACCAUCUGGCUGUCGGGCAACCUACUCUCUGAGUUCCCCACUGUGCUCCUGGACAUGCCUUUUCUAGAGGUGAUUGACGUGGAUCGCAACUCCAUCCGGUUCUUCCCCAGUCUGGCUCACCUCCCCGGCCUGAAGCUGGUGAUCUAUGACCACAAUCCCUGUAGGAAUGCACCCAAAGUGGCCAAAGGGGUGCGCAGGGUGGGAAGAUGGUCAGAGGAGAGCCCUGAACCCCGCAAGCGGUCUGGGGCAGUGAUAGAAAUCACACUGGAUGAAAGACCAACAUCAGCUCCCGUCAUCAAGCCUGAGCCAGAAGCUGAGCCCUGUUGAUGCUUAUUUGCCAGUGCCAGCAAAGGCACAGUGCACCCACAUCACCACCGAACCGCUACUUCUCUCUUGUUUGCUGAUGUCCAGGGAGCACCACACCACCUGGCUAGUCUUCAGGAGUAGGUGCACCGGUUUAGACCUAGGUGAGAACAAAACUCUUUUGUACAGAAAUCCCCUUUUGCACAGCACCCAGCGCUCUCUCUAGAGCAAAGACUUCCUCCCUUUCCUUUUCCUGCCACGCGGGGACCACUCAGAGUUUGCAGUAGAGAUGAAGACACAGUUGAGAUGCUUUCCAUGGGUAGAUUGUACAAAGCACGUAUGGAUCCACUGCUCUUCACCCACUGGAAGCCCAUGGGCUUGCUCUUCUCUUCACCUUGCUGAGUUCUCUAAGCUCAGCUGGAAGCCACUGUUCAAGGUCACGAUCACUGUGGGGGAAUCACAGCUCUAAUGUAACCCACCACAUUCCAUCUCAAAUGACUGACAUGAAAUGCAGCAGCUUGAAGGUUUCCCUGGCUGCCAUGUGGGAAGCAGUAGCAGAGCCCUGGCUGCGCUAUUGAGGAAACAGCAUGUACAUAUCACCGAGUUGUCCUUUUGGCAUUGCCACCUUCUUCCUGGACAAUUAGCAACGACUCUUGUUUUGUUAUGGCCAAGUGGCAUUUUAAAUGAUGGAGAGGAAAGCUAGAGGCUUUGCUGCUAGCUUUUACGUAAUCAACAGGGCAGCCGUACAUGCAGUUUUCAUGCACAAGCAAAGAAAAUUUCUUGACUAAAAUGGGAAAACAAGAGCUGCAAAGAUAAACUUGCACAAACGAAAUCCAGGGCUCGGAGCCUGCUGUUAUGGCUUGCACGGAAUCUGAAGGUGAGGUGAACUUUACUUGGUUGACUUCAGCGGGGUAUUUUUCCAGCUCAUGACUCAGUUUGGAUUCUCUUGGAAAUGCAUUGAACUGAAUUAUUUUAUGUUUUGCUUUACUUGUGUAACACAGAAGUCUGGCUUUUGAUUCCAACACAUAGAUCGCUGAGUUUGGUAAAAGAGUUUUUUUUAGAAAGAUGGGGAGCCCUUGGCAGCCACUUCCCUCUGCCUCACUCAUCGGUGCCUGCAGAAGUGGCAGUUGACUUCCCAAAAAACGUUUGAUUCAGUGCCAGUUUGUGACUGCUUGAUGUCAUUUACAUGCUUGAAAAAUUAUCUGGAAAUUAUUGUAGACUCUGCUAGCACUCACUGUCUUGUUAAAUGAGGUCUGAAUCUGGAUCUGGCUGGCACCCAUGUAAUGUGCUCACCAGUUAUUAAAUGGAAUAAAGCCUUUGAGCAUCUCAUCGAGUUAAACCGUCCUUCUUUGGAAUUAACUGAAUUCUCUUUCCAAAUUCUUGAUCUAACCCUGUUCCAACAAACUAUUUCUUCCUACAAAACAAAAUUAUUUAAUAAGACAAGAGUGUUUUAAAAAAGCCCCACACCAGUUCAAUGUUGUAUUUCCUAUGAAACUGACUUGGUACCUAUUAAUCCAAGAGGUAGGGAAGAAGGCGCUUUCACCUGCUUGUGAGUGGUUUGUAUUUAACACACCACUCUCUGCACCCUGUUGUCGGUUCUGGAGAUGUGGAGAAUCUGUUCGGAGAGUUUGGAGGAGGGUUUGUUAGCAGAUUCUCUCCAUUUCAGGAAACCUAAGGGAGAAAAAUGUUUGCACAGACACUUUCAUGACUUCCAAU